CGACGAGUUGAUUAAAUGUUACUGAAGCAAGCUGGAAUGAGUGGAGUAACACUACUUCCAUGAAUUGUUUAUAGAAUGGGCAGAAACUGGAAGUGUGUGAGUGAAAACAGUUCAGUUUAGCGACUAGAAGAUAGAGAGAUACAGAGAGUGUGAAAUAUUACAGCAAUGAAGUGUAUAUAAAAAGUACAGAGACUGGGAGAGAGAGUGAAGGUAAAGGUUUAGUUACUGAGUGAGUACAAGUGUCGAGAAAACAAAUAGUGAGAAAGCGGAAGGGAGGGAUAGCUAGAGUGAGUGGAACAUAACCGCUGAACAGUUCAGAGAGAAGACAGAUUGGGAGAAUGUGAGUGAAAACAAUUCAGUUAUUGAGUGAGAGCAAGAGUUGAGAAAACAGAGAGAGAGAGAGAAAGGGGGAGGAGCUAUAGUUCGGAGAAAUAACAUAAACUGGGAGAGUGUGAGUGAAAACAGUUUAGUUAUUGAGUGAGUGCUGGCAACGAGAAGAUAGACAGUUAAGUUAGUUAAAGUGAGAGAGAGAGAGAGCUAUAGUUAGAGUGAGUGAAGUCCAUGCCACAACAGGCAACAUUACCUCAGUGAGAGGGACGUCUUGCACGUUCUGCACUGGCACCGACUUGGAUGGCAAUCUUUACCGCCGAUGUGCAGCAAACAUGUCUAGCUUCAAACUGGGAAUUAUUAGACUAGGCAGAGCUGCUGGAAAGUCCAAAUAUGCACUGCUAGAUGAAAGAGAUAUUUCUUUAAUGGCCCAAUAUGCAAUUGAGGCUCGAGUCGAAGUAGACCGUGAUGGAAAUGGGGCCAAAAUUUAUGCUUAUGCAUAUGAUAUAAAUAAGGGUCGGAGUUCUGGUCAGUAUCUACACGAAUUGUUAUGGGAAAAACAUUGCGGUGGGAUUGCUCCACUUUGGAAAGUAAUCCAUAAAAAUGGUGUCACUGUAGAUAACCGGUUGGAUAAUUUGGCCCUAGUCAUGGAAUCCAGUUCAACAUACCCACUGGAUGAGCCGUCCAAUAAAGCCAACCGAGAACAGUCACUCUAUUGGAUUGCUGUACAGCAACUUCAACAUGAUCCUAUUGAAGAGCAUUUUCCUGAACCCAUUUAUAGCAAAUAUUAUAACUCUAAUGGUGAGAUUGUUGAAGAUGAAGGUAAGGGUCACCAUAUGAACUAUGACAGUUGUGUGUAUUAUGAAUGUCAUUAUCCACCUUGUACGAACAUAGAGCGAGAGAUACGAGAAUUCAGUAUAUGUGGCAGAUGUCAAGAAGUGAGAUAUUGUGGCACAUACUGCCAACAAAAUGACUGGCCAGUACACAAGCGACAUUGUCGAGAGAAACGAAAACUUUACAGUCUAGAGCGGCCUCCAGAACGAUAGUUGCCAUGAAAAUCUGGUGAAAUCUUGUUCUUGAGAAUCCAUAGUCCUGCAGGUGUGACCUAAGUCUCUCUAGGUUGUGCACAUAUGUGAGGGAGGGGAAACAUCGAAAGGUCUAUCCUUAGUAAUCUACAUUAUAUCAGUGAAUAGUGGAUGGGAAAUUAUAAAAAGUGGGAAAUCUUUCUAGAUUAAAGGGGGGUUAUUAAAGGGGGUUUUUUUUUUCUUUCUUCUAAUAUUCUUAACCAUUGACUUCAUUCAGUUCACAACAUAUAACUAACCUAACAUGUUCCUUUACUUUUUAUUCUGCCAUUCACCUCAACUUCCGAUUUUUUUAUUUGUUUUACAUAUAUACAAUAUACAUGUGUGCAUGGUUGUGUGUUUGUAUGUAUAUAUGCACACACAUAUACAUGUAUACUGAAAUAAAAAGAUAUUAUUUCAGUUCUGAUUUGGACUAUGUUGUACAUAAAAUAGAUAUGUGUAUACAUGUGUGUGUGUAUAUGUAUGUAUAUAUGUAUGUGUGUGUAAUCAACUGUCAUAAUUUUAAAAUCUUUUGAAAUUAAAGAUAUUUCUUUUUAAACUUUACAAAAAAUAAAUAUAUAAACUCAAUGGUUAAGAAAUAUGUCACAGAUUUUAAAAUGGGCAGAGGUUACUUUUUCUGUAUUAUUUUCCUCAUAGGAUUGUAAAAGUGAAGUUGAGAGAGUAGAGGGAAGAGUAGAGAGAGAGAGAGAGAGAGAGAGGCAUUAAUAAAAACUUUAUUACCUAUAUAUUUCAACAUUGUCUUGAAAAUUUGAAUUCUUCUUAGUUUCCACUGCUUGAUUUGAAUUAUCUCUUAGAAUUAAGGAAAAAAUAGUGAAUAGCAUUUGAAAUUAUUUAAUGUUCCUUCAUAUAAAACUACACUUUAUUUUGCAUCUUCAGUAACAUUCCAACUAUUUUUCUUGUUAAGAUAUCUUAAAAACUUCAUAGCUAACUGCUCAGUUGAUGUCUUAAAACUGUAAACACAUUUCUAUACAUACAUGUAUAUAUAUAUAUAUAUAUAUAUAUAUAUAUAUAUAUUCUCUGGACUGAUAUUCAAAACCAUAAUUCUAUUUAGGAAUUAGAAAAUAAUGCCCAUUUGAAUACUUAACUGUCUACUGAAAUGGUUGUUGUUUUCUGUUCUUUAUGGAUUUCAUAUAUAUAUAUAUAAUACACACACACAUUUAUAUAUAGUGAUCAUUUCACUUGAUUUGAGCAAAUAAUCCAAGUUUUACUAAGCAAAAUCUACAUUUGUUGUAGUCAGCAGAAUAACUUUUCAGUCACUUAGUUUGAUGAUAAUAGUUAAAUAGCUCUCAACAAAAUACUAUAUAUUUAUGUGACUGUAACUAUGGUUUUUACCUGCAUAAAUUAUGCCUAUAUAAAGUCAUACACCUACUCAUUUGCAUGUUAUCUCAUGCACAUUGGCUUUUAUAUAAUACAAAUAUCCCAUGAAAUGCAUUUUCACUAAAACACAGAUGAAAUCUUUUUAACAGCAAGACAAUUCUAGCUUUAUAAAUUAUGACGAAAUUUAUAAACUCAUUGUGAAAAAGUGAGCCAGUUAUCUUUAACAAUGUUGUUUUCUGUUUAGUUGAACAGCAACUAUUUUGAGAAAGUAGCCACAUCUUUUCUAAUUAAACACGAGAUUCAAGCUAUGACUAACCAGUGCUAACAUUAGACUAGGCAUUCAGUUUACAGCAUGGUUACUAAUAGUUAUAACUACUAUAAUUAACAUAAUGUCUCCAUUUUGCUUAGUAGUUGUGUUUCAGCCUGUGUCCAUUGAUUAAAUUGCUUCCAUGAACAUGUGAAAUAGAACGGUUGAGUCACCUAAAAUAUCAGGUGAUAUGUAUACCAUCUAUUUUUGAAAUGGUGGCAGCUAUCAGUUUUGUUACUUUCCAGUUUUCCAUUCUGAUUAUUCAGAGAUACUUUGGUGAUUAUUUAAAUUUCUUCACAUACACUCUUCCUCUCUCUCUCUCUCUCACUAUAUAUAUAUAAAGUUACUUUCAACACUUUACCAGGUUUUCAUUUAAAAAAACGACAGCAAUAGUGUGUUAAAAUUUAAUGAAGAAGGAAGCGGGGAAAUUUCUAUAGCGUCUCUUUGAUAUAUACUAAAAAUAUUGUACAAGCAUCUUGUUUAUGUAUGUAGGCAUGCAUUUGUACAUAUAUAUAUAUACAUACAUAUAUGUACUAUUGAACUACAAAAGCUCAAAGACAAUAUAAUGUAUGGGUAUAUUUAUUUUUUUUAUAUAUUAUUGUUUUAUAUAUUAUUUUCUUCAUUUUGUACUUUUUUGUACUUCUUUGUAAAAAAACAUUUUCAUUCUCCUUCUUCUUGAUAAUUUGCUUCAUCACAAUGAAAACCGGUUAGAAAAAAUCUUUAUUAAAUUAUGCUUCCAGUUCAGCAUUCUGGCUUUUUUUCAUUUUCCUAUAUAUAUACAUAUGUAGAUAUGUGCGUAUGUAUAUGUGUGUGAAUAUAUAUAUAUAUAUACACACACACACACACACA